GUUCAACAUGGCAGGGAUGACACUGGAUCGGAACGAGCUCACCGUGAUGGACCAAAGCUGAAAGGCAAGCCAAAACACCUCUUGAUCAAACUCAAUUGUUACCAAGAUAAGAUCAAGAUUCUCCAGCAACAACGGCAGGCACUCAUCACAGACCCCUAUUAUUGCGUUAAUGAUCUAACCAAGACGGAUCUCCAGGAAAAGAGGAAAUGGUCCACCUAAGUCGAGCUGCCUACAAAGACGGCAAGAAGUACCGCUUUGGUGUCCAGUAAGUGGAGGGAAGCUGGUGGUUCACUAGCCCACUUCUAUCGUCAAUCUUAACCCGAUGAUGUGACGUCGUCUCAAGGCUUCUCUACUCAACAUCUCCGGUUCUCACUCUGUUGCAGGCACCAAAAAUCCACUGAUUUCUUGCAUACCGAUUGAGCUGGACACCACUGUGUUUCGUUCUCCCUCCACAAGUCACGAUGUACGCCUUCCACAAACAGAUCCAACCACCCACCGGGGUGGAGCACAGUGCAUAUUGUAAUUUCUUCUCAGCUGGCGAACGGAGCCUGGUUGUUGCUCAAGCAUCUGAGCUCACCGUCUACAGACUUCUAAAUGAUGUUGAGACAACAGCUAAAGUGGCUGAGAAAAGCUCAGAUGGCAUCGCUAUCAAGCCAAAGCGAGACAAACUAGAGCACCUGAUGAGCUUCUCUCUCCAUGGCAAUGUGAUGUCACUGCAGACAGCACCAUUGUCAGGCAAUGGCCGAGACGCACUCCUGCUGAGCUUCAAAGAUGCUAAGUUGUCAAUUGUUGAAUAUGACCCCAGCACUCAUGACCUGAAGACUUUGUCCAUGCAUUACUUCGAAGAUGAAGAACUGAAGGAUGGAUUGUACCGUAAUAUCCACAUCCCCUAUAUUCGUGUUGACCCCGAGAAUCGUUGUGCUGUCAUGCUUGUCUAUGGAUCCAAGCUAGUGAUCCUACCAUUCCACAGAGGAGAAGGGUUGGUAGAGGACACUGAGCAAGCUUCAAAGAAAUCUGCAGUAAUGCCAAGCUAUGUCAUCAAUCUGUCGGAAUUGGAGGAGCGCGUCCUGAAUGUUAUCGAUAUUCAGUUCCUUCAUGGCUACUACGAACCCACACUUCUGCUGCUGUACGAGCCGCUGCGAACGUGGCCUGGUCGCAUAGCCAUGAGGCAUGACACUUGUUCCAUGGUAGCGCUGUCAUUGAACCUUGCCCAGCGAGUCCAUCCUGUCAUCUGGGCACUGAACAGUCUGCCGUAUGAUUGCGCACAAGCCUGUGCGGUGCCCAAGCCAAUUGGGGGCGUGUUAGUCUUGGCUGUCAACUCCUUGCUCUAUCUCAAUCAGAGCAUUCCACCGUAUGGAGUGUCUGUAAACUCCAUCACUGAACGCAGUACUGCCUUUCCUUUAAGGCCUCAGGAGGGUGUUUGCAUUGGCUUAGACUGUGCUCAAGCCACUUUCAUUUCCUACGACAAACUGGUGCUGUCACUCAAAGGAGGAGAAAUCUAUGUUCUGACUUUGCUGAUUGACUGCAUGCGGAGUGUGCGAGGGUUUCACUUUGACAAGGCGGCAGCCAGUGUUCUCACAUGCUCUAUUUGUGCCUUGGAUGAGGGCUUCUUAUUUCUUGGCUCUCGCCUUGGCAACUCGCUCUUGUUGAAGUAUACAGAGAAGGCAACAGAUGGUAUUAAUUCAGAUGUCCUGAAAAAAGAAAAAGAAGAGGAAAGAAAAGAGGAUGGUCCUCCAGCAAAGAAGAUCCGUAGCGAUGAUGCCAGUGAUUGGAUGGCAAGCGAUGUGUCACUGUUGGAAGACCCAGAGGAGUUGGAGGUCUACGGCAAGGACACUAUGCAGAGUACGAGCUCUAGUGUCAUCACAUAUUCGUUUGAGGUGUGUGACAGCGUGAUAAACAUUGGCCCCUGCGGCAACAUGACAAUGGGCGAGCCUGCAUUUCUCUCCGAUGAGUUCCAGAACAGCUUGGACCCUGAUCUGGAGUUAGUGACUUGUUCAGGUUAUGGCAAAAAUGGAGCUCUCUCAGUGUUACAGAGGACGAUCAGGCCACAAGUUGUGACUACCUUUGAACUACCUGGCUGUGUGGAUAUGUGGACAGUCAUUCAUAAGAAGGCAGAGACCUCCAAGGAUGGCAUCAGGGAGGAUGUGAAGAAGGAGGAGAAGGAGGAAGGUGAAGAUGACGGGCAACAGGAGGGUGCAGAGGGCGAGAAGAAAUCAGGAAACAAGGCAGGGGAGGACCUGACCGACACUCAUGCCUUCCUGAUCCUAAGCCGAGAAGACUCCAGCAUGGUUCUACAGACAGGACAGGAGAUAACAGAACUUGACCACAGUGGGUUUAGUACCCAGACUCCCACAGUGUUUGCUGGCAACAUGGGUGACAAUAGAUACAUUGUCCAGGUGUCGCCAUCCAGUGUCAGACUACUGGAGGGAGUGAACCAGCUGCAGCAUAUCCCACUAGACUUGGAGUCUGAUAUCAUCCUCUGCUCCCUGAGUGACCCCUACCUGGUGGUCAUGACCGAGAGAGGGGACGUCAUGCUGCUGACCCUCAAGGCUGACCUGUACGGCUCGGGACAUCGCCUCAGCCUGACCAAGCCACAACUUCCACAGAAAAAUCGAAUCCUGACCCUAUGCACCUACAAAGACACCAGUGACAUGUUUACCACAACGAUCAAGAAACAAAGCACUGUUGAGCAGCCCACGGCAGAGAGGAAAUCCCGUACCCUGAGCACAUCACAGGCUGAAGCAAUGGCCAUGGAUACCAGUAGUGCCGAUGAUGAGGAUGAGUUGCUGUAUGGAUCAUCCGAGCCUAAAGUUGCUCCCAGUCCACCUGUUAAAACAGAACCCAACCUCAGUCCAGAACCUGAGACAGCAGGGCAUGACACCCAAGCAACUGCUUCUGAAGAACCCAGCGAUAGCCCGACAUUCUGGUUGGUUGUCUGCAGAGAAAAUGGAAUACUGGAAAUUUACAGCCUUCCGGAUUUCAACCUUAUGUUUCUGGUCAGAAACUUUCCCAUGGCACAGAAGGUCUUGGUGGACAGCGUCCAAACGACAGCAAGCACUGAUCAGCAGGGACAGCAGCAUGACAUGUUGCCGGCUGUCAAGGAGAUCAUGCUGGUUGGCCUAGGCAAUAAGAACAGCAGGCCGUUCCUGAUGGCCAUAGUAGAGGAAGAUCUUCUCAUAUAUGAGGCAUUUGCUUCUCAGUCAAUAUCUGACAUAGCUCACCUUAAACUCAGGUUCAGAAAGGUGUGCCAUGACAUACUCAUCAAGGAAAAGAGGAAAGGUAAGAAACAAGCCAAGGCAGCUGAUGCUCCGGCCUCUAGCUCUACUCGUUACGUCUCUCAGCUCCAAUACUUUGAAGACGUCUCUUCUUAUUCGGGGGUGUUUGUCUGUGGUCCCUAUCCACACUGGAUCUUUGUCAAGUCUCGGGGUGCCUUGAGGGCCCACCCUAUGUCCGUUGAUGGUGCUGUAUCCUGCUUUGCCCCAUUCCACAAUGUCAACUGCCCACACGGAUUCCUGUAUUUCAACAAACAGGGGGAUCUGCGGAUUUCCAUUCUGCCCACCCAUCUGUCUUACGAUGCUCCUUGGCCAGUGAGGAAGGUUCCGCUAAGAUGCACUCCUCACUUCAUUUGUUACCAUGUCGACAGCAAGACGUAUGCAGUGGUCACAAGCACUCUGGAGCCAUUCAUGAAGAUCUGGAGGUUGGGCUACGAUGACCAAGAGUUUGAGGAAGCUGAACGAGAUGAAAGGUUUGUGGCUUCUCAGAGGGAUCGUUUUGCAAUCCAGCUCUUUUCGCCUCUCAGCUGGGAUGGCAUCCCAAACACAAGAAUCGAUUUUGAGGAGCUAGAGCAUGUGACUUGCCUGAAGGUCGUCAAUCUGAGUUCUGAAGGGUCAGUGACUGGCAAGAAGGGUUACAUUGCUGCCGCAACAACAAAGGUCUUUAGUGAAGACGUCCAGUGUACAGGAAAGGUUUUUAUCUAUGAUGUGAUUGAGGUCGUCCCAGAGCCAGGCCAACCGCUCACUAAAAACAAGAUCAAGGUGUUGUAUGAAAAAGACCAGAAGGGACCUGUGUCAAGUCUGUGUGACUGUAUGGGCUACCUGCUGACAAGUGUUGGCCAGAAGGUUUAUCUUUGGACCUUCAAAGACAAUGAUCUUCUGGGUUUGGCCUUCAUUGACACCCAGAUCUACAUCCACAGGGCCGUCUCCGUCAAAAACUUCAUUCUGGUCGCUGAUGUCACCAAGAGCAUCUACCUCCUGCAGUACCAAGAGUCCGAUCGGACUAUUGCUCUUGUCAGCAGGGACUCCAAGCCCCUUCAAGUGUACAGCUGUGAGUUCAUGGUUGAUGAUUCUCAGCUGGCUUUCCUCGUAUCAGAUGUGGACAAGAAUUUGAUCAUAUACCACUAUCACCCUGGAGCUCGUGAGAGCUGUGGAGGGACCAGGCUGCUCCGCCGCGGUGACAUCAACGUUGGCAGUCACAUCAACUCAUUUGUGCGUGUGCGGUGCAAGCUGAGUGACCCAGCAUCCAGUAAGCCAAUCACAGGGCCAGCUGAGAGAAGACAUGUAGUUUAUUAUGCAUCUCUAGAUGGCAGCCUUGGCAUGCUUCUACCUAUGACUGAGAAGACUUACAGGCGCCUGCUGAUGUUGCAGAAUGCCAUUACAACCAGCAUCAUGCACAUUGGAGGACUAAACCCCAAAGCGCACAGGCACAUUGUGUCCCACCAGCGUGAGCUCAGCAAUCCCCAUCGCAACAUUCUGGAUGGGGAUCUGUUGUACAAGUACACCUACCUGAGUGUGGUUGAGAAAAAUGAGCUGGCAAAAAGGAUCGGCACCACAGUGGACCAGAUCAUGGAUGACUUGAUGGAUGUGGAGAGAUUAACAACACACUUUUAAGUGGAGAGACUGAUGAGGAAUUGAAAACUCUGCAGAUGCGAUACAUGCAGAUAUCACCCCUGGCAUAGAAAUGUAGUGUUUUAAUUUAAUCCUUUGGAGGGAAACUGUUGUGAGCUUAGCCUUUUUCCCUGUGUACCCUGAUAACAGAAUGACAAUGUGGUGCUUAUUUAGUGCACAAUGCAUUUUAUAAGUUAAUUAUUAUGCAGAGACUGUAGGCUGUUACGUUGGACAAAAGCUAGACUGAAAGUUACUAGCGAUACCAAAAGUCGACAGACAAGUUGUCUUCUGUUAAUGCUUACUGGCACAAAAUCAACCAGUGUGUACAUGUGGUUCUGAGGGUGCAGUUAAAUGCAGCCAAAUUCACCAGCAAUUAGGAAAGUCAUAUUGUGUAGAAAUUUGACGAGUGGAAUGACAAAGCACACCGACCACUCCUUCUGCCAGUGUGUGACAGACCCACUUGUCUCCUUUUGGCUCCCGAUAGUUACAAGUUGUUCAGUUGAAUUCAUGACUCGAUCUUCUUUUUCAUUUGUUUCAUUAAAAGAGCAUUGAAGAUGAUGCUUUCGUGUUGUUUAAUUAUAGCAAUACGUUUUGCCUUAGAUGAUGGCAGCUCUAUGCAUCAGCAUCACGUGAGAUGACAGAUGUGUUUAAGUAAUGAUUCGGUUUUCUGUUGUCGUCGCCCUUUCUCCGUAAUUACUCAUUGUUUCCCUUUAUCUUGAUACAUCAGAUUCCGAGUGUGGAUUUUAUGGUCCACAGUAGAGUUACCAUGGUAGUAGAAAUCUCUGCCGAAUGCCUUUUAACAGGGGAGCAUCCAAUUAUUCCCCAGGAUAUCAUAAUGGCAGUAGGAGUAUUGUGGUUGUUCUCCCUAGGGCGCUGGGCUAUACUUGUCGGGGCAACAUUGUAUUUUGCGACUAAUAAAACAACAAGCAUUGUUUUCCCCGCAACCAUUGUUUUUUAUGACCCAUCAUGUUAUCAGUUUUCCUCAAUGUGGGCCACUGGCCAGUCACGGUGCUCAAUUGUCACGCACGAUGUUACUCUGUAAAAAUCCUUAUCUUUUUCUGAGUAAUUUUUCCUUACUGUACGCUACCGUUGCCGUUGAGUUUAUUAUGGCUUCAAAUAGAUUAAUAGCAGCAGGUCACGUGCAGCUGCACGUCUACUUUUUUUAGUUUUGAUGCACCCACAUUAGUGUUACAAAGCACUUCGAAUGUGUACCUCUACUCAACAUGGAGUGAUUGUUUGCUUAAUAAAACAGUCCAUUCGAGGAUUGGGCAAAGUUUUGUUAUCCAAUAA